GUCCGGGGAGAGCGGAUAUAGUGAAUAGAGGGUCCCGGGGAGAGCGGAUACAGUGAAUGCGGGGUCCGGGGAGAGCGGAUACAGUGAAUGCGGGGUCCGGGGAGAGCGGAUAUAGUGAAUGCGGGGUCCGGGGAGAGCGGAUAUAUGGAAUGCGGGGUCCGGGGAGAGCGGAUAUAUGGAAUGCGGGGCGGGGUCCGGGGAGAGAGGGAUAUAGUGAAUGCGGGGUCCGGGGAGAGCGGAUAUAUGGAAUGCGGGGUCCGGGGAGAGCGGAUAUAUGGAAUGCGGGGUCGGGGGGGAGAGCGGAUAUAGUGAAUGCGGGGUCCGGGGAGAGCGGAUCCAUGAAGUUGGAGAGUGAAGCUGGCCGAGAAGACCAACAU